UUCAACCUUUAACUCAGUCAACUGCUAGCCGUGUAGCCAAACGUAUCACACUUGGGGUAUAGAAAGCGUUGCUUGUCGCGUGUCUGAUUAAAAUACCGCAACAUUAUCGUGCGCCUUUGUUAUUGUCUUAAUCAAUUUUCAAACGCAGUCAAACGGUGAGCCAUAUAUUCUAAUCACAACGAUCUUGUACCACAAUCGAUUAAGCCAUGCGCGGCUAUUUUGUUUACUACUUGAAAAUACUCUGGGCCUUUUGUGUUAUUAACGAAACGAUCGCCAGUGCCAUAAAGAUCACCAAAGACGAUGCAUAUAAGAAGUUGCUAUCAUUACGUUCGCUGGCAUUCGAAGAUUGCGUCGGGUCAAGCUCCCUGUAUAAUGUGAACUACCUGAACAUUGAAAACUGCUCGAGGGUGCCCUGUUCUAUGGCUCGCGAUUCCACUGUUAAGGUUACGGUGCUCUUCGAUGAUAACGGCAAUGGUGUUUCAUUUCUAAAACACGAGGUGCGUUGGGUCUUCACCUACCUCAAGAGCGAGGCGGCCAUAUCUCCAGAUCCUUGCGAUGGCGAUCAUAACUGCAUAUUGAAUGUGAAUGAAAGCAAAAGCUAUUGGGCCAAUAUCUAUGUGAAUUCAACAUUACCAGUGAUGAAGGGCAGUAUGCUAUGGGAGGCCAAAGAUGAAAACAAUAAAAAUCUCAUUUGCUUUGAGGUGCCCGUUGUGAUUACAAUGUAACAACAUACACACACACACAUACACACAUACACACUCA